GAAAUGGCCCCGACAAAAGAAAUCAAUAUUCCAAUAAAACCGAACGACCAAGUUGUAGAAGUUGUCAAAUAUUUAACUUACGACUCUACCUACAAGCCGGAUGAUGUAGUCUUAAUAACGGUUACUUGCGAGCCGAAGGCUAGAUUCCUAGUUGCGUCUAUAGCAAGUAUUAUUCAAUACUCUUGCGAUAUCGUCCUGUCUGGCCAUGUGCACGAUGUUGUUAUCGACUUUAAGCGCGUCAGAAUUCCGUUUACCUGGCCGAACAAGUCCAUCCGAGAUAUUGUUUACGCUGAUCAUGUUAGUCCGAUAGCACUCGAAUUG